CUGGUUGUCGUGACAACCUGGAUAGUGUCAGCUCCUGAUAACCAAAUAAUGAGGUUGUCACCCUCCAUCAGCAAGGUUUAGUGAUCAUUAAUGUAUCUGAGGGAAACGAGUGAAGAGGAAAGGUAGGGAGAUCAUUUGUCGCUGCUGGCACACACGACCAGCCUGCCAUGCAAAGGUGCUUCGUUAGCUAGGAAACACCUAACAACACAUAGCUAUGGAAACCAGUUAGGCUGUUUCACAACAGUGAGUGUGUCAGAACAGCUCAGUUAUGGGAUCUGGUACCUAUGGAAAUCCAAGCAGAGGAGAAGCAAGAGGAAUUCACAAAUAUUGAACUGAAAUGACUCGAGCCAGCUAUGAUCCAGUAUCCAGGUGGUUAAACCCUUCACAGUGGACAAUGACACCGCAUGGUCCAGGGUAGAGGGCACAGGACUGGGGGUCAGGAGACCCGGAUGCUACUCCUAGCUCUGCCACUGACUUCCUGUGUGACCUUGGCAGCUCAACAUUCUGCCCUUUGAAGGAUUUUUCUUUCCUUUUUGCUGGCAAAGAUGAGGAAAAAAUGGAGAUUGGAGGACUUUCGAUUUAUCUUUUCCUGUGUGCUCUGGCUCCUUUUCAUAGAUGGAGGUAAAUCGGAACAAGUAAAACAUUCAGAGACAUACUGUGUGUUUCAAGAUAAGAAGUACCGUGUAGGAGAAAGAUGGCAUCCCUACCUAGAACCCUAUGGACUCGUUUACUGUGUUAACUGUCUUUGCUCAGAGAAUGGGAACGUAUUAUGCAGCAGAAUAAGAUGUCCAAGCCUACACUGCCCUACUCCAGUGCACAUGCCACAGCUGUGCUGCCCACGGUGUCCAGAGGAUUCACUUUUCUCCAUAAGCAGUAAAAUCACUGGGAAAUCCUGCGAAUACAAUGGCACUGCCUACCAGCACGGGGAAAUGUUUGUGGCAGAAGGGCUUUUUCAGAAUAGGCAACCCAACCAGUGUGCUCAGUGCAGCUGCUCAGAAGGGAACGUGUAUUGUGGCCUGAAGACUUGCCCUAAAUUAACAUGCUCUUUCCCAGUUUCCGUUCCGGAGUCCUGCUGCCCAGUUUGCAGAGGAGAUGGAGAAUUAUCAUGGGAACAUUCUGAUGGGGAUAUCUUCCGGCAACCGGCCAACAGAGAAGCUAGGCAUUCAUAUCAUCGCUCCCAUUAUGACCUGUCACCCAGCUCCACUAGACAGGUGGUCAAUAUUCCACGAUUUUCCAGUGGCAGGAGUAACCGUGGAGUCCUACCUGACCCCCAGCAAGCCUCAGGAACUAUAGUACAGAUCGUCAUCAACAACAAGCAUAAGCACGGACGAGUCUGUGUUUCAAAUGGAAAAACAUAUUCACAUGGUGAAUCGUGGCAUCCUAAUCUCCGGGCCUUUGGAAUCGUAGAGUGUGUGUUGUGUACCUGCAACAUCACCAAACAAGAAUGUAAGAAAAUUCAUUGUCCGGAUCAAUAUCCCUGCAAAUACCCUCAGAAAAUAGAAGGAAAAUGCUGUAAAGUCUGUCCAGAAGAGAUGCCAAGUCAGAGCUUUGACAGCAAAGAUUACUUUUGCGGUGAAGAGAUGCUUCCUGUCUAUGAAUCUGUUUUCAUGGAGGAAGAAGAAACCAUUAGAAAAAUCGCAAUGGAAACAGAAAAGCCACCUCAAAUAGAAAUACAUGUGUGGACAAUUCGGAAAGGGAUUCUACAUCACUUCCACACUGAGAAGAUAUCCAAAAGUGAAUUUGAAGAACUUCCCUACUUCAAGCAGAUAACAAGGACAACACUGAGCCAGUGGAAAAUAUUUAGCGAGGGAGAAGCUCAGAUCAGCCAAAUGUGUGAAAGCAGAGUGUGCAGGACUGAGCUGGAGGAUCUGGUAAAGGUUUUGUACCUCGAAAAGCCUGAAAAGGGUCACUGUUAAGGGAGACAGCACGGGAGGGAGAAAACUUGGAUCUGCAGCUGGACUGCAGGCUUAUUUUGCUUAAGUCAACAGUUGCCCUAAAAUCCAAAACUAUAAUGCAGUAAUUAUUCACAUCAUGCACAGCAAACUUGCUGCUUUAUGUGUAGUGGUCUGUGUCAACCAUUUAAAUAUCUCCUCAAAAAGACUAGGAGGCUCCGUAUUGGUGGGGGAAAGGGAGAGGGAGACUGUAGUUCCUUGUAAAAUUGAAAAGUUAAAAAAGAAAACAGAUUUUUUUUUUUAAACUUGGCAAGUUACUCAAACUAAUGAAAUGAAGGACACCUAAUAACUGUGCAGGAGCUAUGGAGAGCAUUAUUUCCUGUGCUGAGUUUAUACCACUUCUGGUGUUGAAAUGACUCAUGUUUUUCUAGG